AUGGAAACUGUCUCUGCAGACUAUGGCAAACGGGUUUAUCAAGGAGUGCGGGUAAAGCACACAGUUAAGGAUCUGCUAGCCGAAAAACGUUUGCGGCAGACAAGCAGCUCUCGGCUUAGUGGCAGCAUUGCAACGACUCAGCCAUCUUUCGUCCCAAUGUCAGGUUCUGCUGCCGUGUCCGGCUACGGUGGGGUUCGAAGAGCGCUAAUGGCAGAGCCGGAUUUCCAGAGCAAUAAGCAGAUCUCAGGCGACGGCUACCCCUCCUCCCUCAUUGCAAAGCCACUUCCAUACGACUCACCCGUGGCCCAGAGCUACCCGCCACUCCUAGACACCCAUUUCAUGGACCAGUAUGUCAACCACCGCACGGCACCUGCUUCCUCUGGCUCCUCUUCUCUCUUCGGCACCUUGUCCCUCACGCCCAUCUUUCCGAGCGACACGGCUCACUUUUCAGCAAGAGACGCCUGGGAGCACUCCAUGACCGACAGCCUUGGCCAAGCGGAUGAAUGUUCAGAGCCCUUGCAACUGCCUUCUGCCCCCGGCUGCCUCUCCUCUCAUGAGCCAGGGGAGCCUUCCCACUACAGAAGUUCCAGCUGGAGCUUGCCCAUCCCUGGAACUCAGUCCUACCCUUUCCCUGCCCUUGAAGACGCCCACUACGCCGCUGGUUACUCCUCUGCCUCCCCAUACCCUUUCUCUUCUUUUAUGACCACCGUGGCCAAUGAACUCCCUCCCAAGAUGCUCCAGGCCUCUUCGGAAGAGUCAUCCGAUGCAGUGCUUCUCCAUGACACCAGCUCUCUUUGGCCAAAGGAAGAUGGCAGCUCCCUGUGGGGGUUCUAUGAAUGUUGA